AAGGAAGAGAGAGAAAGAAACGGGUCAUCCUAGUAUCCGGGCUCGGGUCAGCCUAACGUAGUUGAGAUAUUUACUUUUAUGUCAGUUAUUUUAUCCAUUCCCGCCACUUCGUUGAUUGCCGAUUUCACCAAGUAUGCCUCCCUUCCUCCUUUCUUUCCGUCCACUUUCUCCACUCGUCACCUGCCACGCGUCCACCACCGUGCAUCGCUCCCUUCAACCGCCGCCCCCGAAGCCUCCACCACUACCGCUUGCUGACCUCAGCACAAUCACCGUGCCUACACUAACCUGCGCCCUGCAGUGCCCUCAUUUUCAAUCGUGCUCUGGUUGUACACAAGAAUUCAAUCUCCACCGUCCGCUUAUAGUCAACGAGGCUUCUGACUUUUUUAAGAAUCUUGGAAUAUCAGACUUUACUUUUGAUAGCUCUAGAUUGUGGGGAUGGAGGUGUCGAGCAAAACUGGCUGUUCGCGGUUCGUCUAUGCAGCCUCUGAUUGGUCUAUACCAGGAGGGUACUCAUAAUGUAGUAGAUAUUCCCCAUUGUAAAGCUCAUCAUCCAAGUAUUAAUGCUGCUGUUGAAUUACUCAGACAAGGUAUAACUGAAUUGAAUAUUGAGCCGUAUGAUGAAGAUCAAGGAACAGGAGAUUUACGAUAUGUUCAGAUGGCUGUGACAACUUACAACACUUCUCUUCCUGCUUCAGAAAGAUAUAAACAUGGUAUAGUGCAAGUGGCUUUAGUUUGGAAUUCAAGAAACGAGAACUCUCCUAAUUUUGACAAAUUAAAUGCCUUAGCCAAUUACUUGUGGAGAAAUGGUGGACCAAGAACUGCUGUUCGUUUCAUUCACUCUAUAUGGGCUAACUUUCAGACAUCAACUAACAAUAUUAUCUUUGGGAAUAGGUGGAGACAUCUUUUAGGAGACCAAGACUUCUGGGAACGUGUUGGAGGAAUUGAUAUGUCCUUGGCUCCAUCCAGUUUUGGACAGGCAAAUACACGGGCUUUUGAUGCGUUGCUGAGAAAGCUACAAAAAUAUGUUCCUUUGGGAGCAUCAGUUGCUGAUUUGUAUGCAGGAGCUGGUGUUAUUGGGCUAUCAUUGGCUGCUUCUAGAAAAUGCAGAUCUGUUAAAUGCAUUGAGGUAAACAAACAGUCAAAAAUAUCUUUUGAGAAGGCAGCUGAACGCCUUCCAAAGUCUGUAGAUAGCAGCAUCAGCUGGUAUCAGGCAGAUACUUCAGUUGAACCUUUGUCUUGGCUCAUGGGUUCAGAAGUAGUAAUUGUUGAUCCUCCUAGAAAAGGACUGGAUGCAUCUCUUGUUGAUGCAUUACUGACAAUAUCGUCACUGGAGCGGAAACCUAAGUCAUCCCCCGCAAGUUUUGGCCAUAACUCGAAGGUCAAAGAUGAAAAGAGACCAUGGAUUUUACGUGCAAGGGAAGCGUCGGUUGAAAUCGGAAGCAAAACAACUUUGGAGGACCCUCAGUCACUACCUCAAACACUUAUUUAUAUAAGCUGCGGAUGGGAGAGCUUCAAAGAGGAUUGCAAGUCAUUGUUGUCUAGUAAGGAAUGGCAUUUGGAAAAGGCUCAUGGAUUUAAUUUCUUUCCUGGAACUCAGAGCAUUGAGAUUCUGGCUGUAUUUAAGAGGGGCCAACAAGCUGGCCUGAAGAAGAAGAAGAAGAAAUCAGGAAAGAAGAAAAGACCCUCAUGAGGAUCAUUAAUUCAUUAUUUUAGAAGGGAGCUUCAUUGAUCUCCUGAAGAACUUGUGCUACAAAUUGCAUAUAAAAAGAUGAAGAAAAACCUGAAAGUACAGUGAAAUGUCAUCUAACAAUGAAAAUCAGAGAGCUGUGUAUAAAAGAAAUUUUAUCAAUAGGGCAUUUUGUUUUAUUAUCUGUUAUUGUAUGAGGAAUUUGAGAUGCACAAUGGGAGGGAAAAGGGUUAACAAAUGAAUAGCAUUUUGUAUCAAUAUUUGCAUCUCACCUAUCUCCUGUAGAAUCUGAUGAAAGAAUUUGGAACUCCAGCAAAAAUGAAGGGAAGACGAGGAAAAUUGUAGCUCCAAGCUUGUAUUAUCACUUAGUGAAUGAUGAUAAAUUUAGUGCCGCUUUUCUCUGUCCUUGGAUCUAGCCAAAUGAGGAAAGGCACUCAAGAUGUUGUAUGCCCUUAAGUCCUGUCUGGUCAAGAUUCCGACCACUGGAGGUACCUAUGUAUUGAAGUACAUUUCAUUAGAGAUGUUAUUGGCCCUAAAAUCCACGUGUUAUAAAAUUAUAAGGCAUCUUGAAUGCCGUUCCAGUUGAA